UUGUUUACAGUCAUCAUGUUUUCGUAUAGCCUCUCUUAUGAUUCAUUCAAUCGCAAUCAGUACUAUGGGGAAGCCAUCUUAAUUGCAAUAUGGUUGCACAUACCAAAGUGUUAUGGCGAGGACGCAUUCCUGAGUCCUGAGCAAGCAACAACAAUUUUAGAUCCGCUGUACUCGGCAUGGGUUGAAAUGAAAGAAGAUAAGGGAAGAACUCCUUUGCGCAUCAUACUCAACAAUUUUUUGAAUCACAUUGAAAAGUUGGAGUCUUUACGGUCACCAGAUGAUAGUUAUGAGAAAGAGUUUCAGGACCUCAAAUUAUUUAGCGAGAAUCUGAAAGGGCAGAAACUUUAUUCAAGUGGUGUUGGAGAAAAGGAAAUAAAUAGGAAAAAGAAUCGCUACAAAGACAUUUUGCCUUUUGACUUUAGUCGAGUCGUGCUAAGCGAAUAUGUCGGAACUACGGGAAGUGACUACAUCAAUGCCAAUUUCAUUAGAGGAGCAAGUGGGUCUCCAGCCUACAUUGCAAGCCAGGGGCCCCUUGCUCACACUGUCAAUGAUUUUUGGAGAAUGGUUGUUGAGUGUGAAGUGCAUGUCAUCAUUAUGGCUUGCAAUGAAGAUGAAGCUGGCAAACACAAAUGUGAAAAGUAUUGGGUAGAUCGUGAGGGAGAAGUAAAACAAUUUGGAAUGGUGCGCAUUCGACUAAUUCAAGGAAGUGAUGUCUGUCCUGAUUUCUCUGUGCGUACUAUUAAGCUUGAGUACACCAACAAAGAUAGCACAAUAGAGGAACGUACUGUGUGCCAGUUUCAUUACUCAGCGUGGCCAGACCAUGGUGUUCCCCCUUCUGUUCGACCAUUGCUUGACAUGGUUCGUUUAGUAAGAGAUACCCAAGCUUCUGAAACACUACCCGUCCUUGUCCAUUGCUCUGCUGGCUGUGGACGCACAGGAACAAUAUGUGCCAUAGAUUAUGUUUGGGGUUUACUUCGUGCUGGUAAAUUGACCAAGGAUUUCAGUCUUUUCACUCUUGUACGAGAAAUGCGAAGACAACGUGUUGCUAUGGUGCAAACAACUGAGCAGUAUAUAUUGGUGCACCGAGCUGUGAGAGAACUUUUCAAAGAGCAGCUCCGUGUUAUAGAUUCUCAUCCAUAUGAGAAUAUAGAUGUUGAUGGCAUUCUUGUACGCAGUAAGGGUGAUGAAGAACCACUUUAUGAAUCUGUGCGCACCAUAGAAGAACCCAAAACUAUAGGUAACAAAUCAAUUACAACAGAUGAUGCUUCUCCUGCCCCACCACUUCCAAGAAAAAAUCGUAUUCAUAUGGCAGCUUCUAAACAUGAAAAGGAAGUGGAAAAUCAAACCCAGAAACAACGUAACAGUCAAGGGGGUCCUGUUGGUAUUGCUAAAUUAAAGGCCAUGUUUGAGCGUAGUCCUGUAGCUCGUAGUCAGUCACUUGGAAGAAGGCAGGCCUCUAAUCCUGUUCCAGUAGUUACUCCACCAUGUCCUGCCCUCCCAAUCAAAAGAAGCAAAUCACUACGCAUCAUUGGAAGUGGAGAGAGGCAUAAACUUUCUGUUUUGGCUCAGCAGUCAUCUAAGACAUCUCCCUCAAAUGGAUCAAGUAAAUCUAGUUCACAAGCUAUAAGAUCCAAAGCAAUUCCAGGUGCUAUUUUGAGGAGACGAAGAAGUUUUGAAUCAGAAAACAGUCCUAAACCAAUUCGCCAUUCUUUACACUUGGAUGAUGAUGGCCGAAAGUUACUGCAGGACUGCAAAGAUUUUCUUUCCAGAUCUGUUGAUUACACAGGUGAAGGGUGUCAACGCACUGAUGGUAUUGUUAGUGGUAAAGGAAUCAGAGAAAGAAGAGACAGCUUUCGGCAGGCCAUCUCAAAGACUACAGAGCAUCCAGUGGACAAGAUCUCAACUAAUGGAAAUUCUGUUCUACCAAAUCAUGCUUCUCCAAAAAACCCAGAAACUGCUGAUGAAGUUGAUGGUCCAAUAAUGCACCAUAUGAAAUAUAAAUCUAAUGCAAAUGAUCAGGAUGAGGUUGAUGCUAUCCAGUCUAAUGUGAUUGUUGUAAAACGUGAUCGUUCAUCCCCAAAGGUGGAUCUUUAUGUUAAAGGGCUCACAGGAGAAACAAUAUCGUCAAACUCUAAUCAUCAAAAUGAGAAUGGCUGUGAUCCUUUUAAACAAUUUGGUGUUAUAUGGAACCGAGCUGCUACAUCAAUUGAUUUGAAAAGUAAUUUACGGAACAGUGAUAUGAGUUUGCAGGAAUUAAAGUCAUGUCUGAGGAGAGAGGGUACUGCUCAUGAACUCAAGGCCAGGAAAAGUGAUGGUAUUCAAAAUGUCUUACCUGUGAAGCCAUAUAAGUCUUUAGACAGAGUUCCUAAGAAGGAUGAACGCAUUGAAAUCCUACCAACUCCAGCAGAGUGGAGACAUCCUCCUAUUACCAAUUCUCUGAGUAGCCCUCAUCGCUCUCCUCAAACCACCGUGGACCGAAGAAACCCAUUGACUGUUCCAAACAGUCCUCAUAGAUCACCUCAGACAACUGUGGAUCGAAGGAACCCACUGCCAAACAUGCCCAGUCCACAUCAUUCACCUCAAGCUACAGUUGAUAGAAGGCAUCCUCUGCAUGCUUCUUCAAGCCCUCAUCGGUCUCCUCAAACUACAUUUGAUCGAAGGAAUCCUCUGCCAAGCCCUCAUCAAUCUCCUCAAGCAACGGUGGACCGCAGAAAUCCCUUGAGUUCUCACACAAGUCCUCAUAGUUCUCCACAAACCACUGUUGACAGGAGAAAUCCACUCUCAGCUGCAACCAGUCCACACAUUUCUCCUCAGACGACUGUAGACCGAAGAAACCCCUUAAGCUCUCAUUCAAGCCCUCAUAGUUCACCACAGACAACAGUGGAUCGACGGAAUCAUUUGAAUCAACUGACAGGUGCUCUUAUGUCUAGUGAAAUAUCGUCAAUCAGUGCUAGAAACCAUGCUGGUGUGUCACAACAUUCCCCUCAGACUUCUGUGGAUAGAAGGACUUCUAACACGGGUCCACAAAUUUCACCCCAAACCACUGUUGAUAGGAGGGCUCCAGUGAGUGUUUCUUCAAGCCCCCAUAUUUCUCCCCAGACAACAGUAGAUAGAAGAAAUUUGUUGCUCCCUAAUAGCAACAUUGCAGUUCCUCCACCUGCGCCUCAGCUGCAAAUGCUCGUGAGUUCAGGGCACAUAAUCAAUGGUCCUAUCACAACUCAACCAUCUCACCCUGCUCCUGUGCCCUCAAAUGGUCAUGGUCCCAUGAGAUCUCCCAUGCCUGCUGAGCAUCAAAAUUUGCCACGAAGCUCUAAUUCUCCUCAGCAUCGAGUAAAUGCCCAUCACCCUGGAGGAGCUGGUGGCAAGGAGGCCUAUAGUUACGGACUUGUGGCUAGUGUUCUUCGAAGAGGUUCACAAGAUGACCUAGCGCUGUGUGUCUCCGGUAAUAGUGUUAUUUCUCCCAAAGCUGUUGCUAAUAACCAACGCCCAAGUGCCCCACCUCGUAUUAAGAGACAUGCAAGUGUUGUUCUACCAAGGAAAAACAGUGGGAACAAAGAAAUAGCAAGUUCUUUGAAUCAGAGUACUCCUCCUGUUGAUCCAAAAAGAUGGGCUGCAAAAGGGACACCAAAUUGUACAAAGAAAAUGGUGGCUUAUCCUCCUGGGCACCUUCCUCCCACAGUUCCAUCGCCAUCUGUACAGGCAACGCCCAGCCAACCCAGCCAACCCUCUGGGUCAAAGGCAGCAACAGGAGGACAAACUCCAAGCUCCUCAAAGUCCAAAAUGUCCCCCAAGAAAUCUGCAGCUAGCAGUUUAAGCCGAGCUUUAGGAGCUCUACAGUUGCGUCGAUCUGGGGCUUCAACUACAACUGCUUCUUCAUCCUCAGCAGUAGGCCCUAAGGGCAGCACAGAGACAGCUUUGAUAGCUGAGAGACCAAACACAAAAGCUACCCCUCCUUCAAAAAAUACGACUUCUUACCCUACACCUGUGGUAGCACCUACUAUGGUUAUUAAUCCAGGAAAAACUAUACUCCCUACUGGUAUCAUUGAUGAUGGCAGUAAAACUCUUCCACCGCAAGAACAUUUGGUGAGAAGUACAGCAUCAAUGCCUAUUAGCUCAGGUCUUCAAAUGCAAACUAGCUACCCACCUCACUCUCACACUCAUGUGCAGCCUCUUUCUCAGUCUCAUUCCCACCCCCACCCUCACCCUCACCCUCAUGCUCACUCACAUCCUCGACCCCAUACCCACCCCAUCUCAGCCCCUCACCAUCCCUCUCCCCAGCCAUUCCAGCAUCGUCAUCCAUAUCCUGCCCCGCGUCAAACUUCACCACAUCAUACAUACCCUCACAUGGCACACCAACAUCCAAAGACUCACAAAAAACAGCAGUAUCUUUGACGAGCUCAGCAGUUAUCAAAGAAAUCUUCAGGAAUUCCAAUCUUCAUUAUUGUCUUCUUUUCUGCACUUAUUGUCCAGUCCAUGCGGUAAGUGACAGUGUCAUUGAAAGCUACUUAUGUUUAAUAUUAGGUAGUGUUGUUCUCUAGCUCAAUAACUUGAAUUCCACUGAGAGAUAUGAUGGGUUGAUUAAAUGCUCGGUAGAUAGUAAGAGUAGGGAAAACAUAUGUAUUAUUUUUUAAUGAAAUUGAGGGUAAGUUCUAAAUAUACCCUUCUAAUUGUUGUCAUUUGAUAAGAGUAAAGUGAAAAUGAAGUGAUGUCAUGGUGUUUGUGAUAUGAAUGUAUUUGUAAAUAGAUACUGUAUGUGAAAAUAUUGGAUGAAGUGUGUUUGAAGACUAGAUAGAUUGAUAUCAAACCAAGAAACAUUUAACAUUCCAUAUUCCAUAUAAUUUAACCAUUAGCUCUAUUUUCUUGUUUGUUAUUUUAGUGUUGCUAUUGCAAUCCAAGUAGGCUCUCUAAAAUAGUGAGUACAGUUCUCCUAAGGUGACUGUUUCUCUUGAUGUUUUAAUUUAAGAUUUAAAGAUGGUUCGAAUGUCAUCCAAUUGAUACAAUUGAUAUUGUAUCAAGACAAAACGUUUUAUGUCUAAGUCACAAAUGAACUGACCUCAGCUAGCAAGUUACAUUUAAGUCAGGUGUGAUCAGAUCCUUUGUGACUUCAAAUGUAUUGUUUGUUUUUUUAGCAAUUUUGCUAACAGUGAACUUGUUUUACAUUUUACAAAUAGAAGCAUCUAUUUUUUGUACUUCUUUUAAACCAGUGAUUUUAUUCUUCCCCUUCAUUUAAAUUUGUUAUUAAGCAUGGUCUCCUAAAUUUAAGAGAGGUGAGAAAGAUUGUUGAAAGGGUUUUAUUUUUAUGAAAUAACCUUAAGUGUUUGAAACCGUAUUGUAAUGUUCCAGCAUAGUGUGUUCUUUUCACUUCCUGUACUAGUGGAUCAUUUACUUCUAAUUAAUUAUGUAUGACUACUUUUAGAAAAACUGGAUAAAUUCCAACUUUUAGAUCAUUGAAUCUGUGAUAGAGUGGUCUUUUUGAAUUCAGAUCUACCCUAGUUAAAUUAUAGCAUUUGCAAUAUAUACUGUGUUAUUUUAUUUUCAUCGUUAAAGGAUUUGUGAUCACUUUAUCACUUGAUAAUUGUGCAAUGAUUUUAUUUUUAAGCUGUGUUUAACAAAUGCUGAUCUUUGUCCAAUUGCAUUUUGGUUAUGAGCAGUAUCCUGUAAUAAGUAUUGUUCCAAAAAAAAUUCUCUUUAAUCCACAACCUCUGUUUGCUUUUUGAAAACCGUUUUAUUGGGAUAUGCAAGGCAAUUCAGAGAAUUGCACUGCAGUAUAUAAGCAUUUACUGAAUCUUGAUACUAUUCCAAAAGAUACCAGCUAUCCCCAGUGAAUCCUUGAAUACAUUUUUGACUAAUACCUGACACAUUCCAUUUUGUUAACUGAAUGCAUCUGCAUAUGUGUGUACGUAAUUUCCAAGGCAGACAAUAGACUACCAAUCGUAGAUUGUAGCUUCUUUGUGUCGUUAAAGAAUAAAGUAUUAUUAGUAAAA